GACCGCCCCCACCCGCGGACGGUCACAUGAUUUUGCUGGAAGACAGGAAGAUGGCGGCCCACUUGUCUUACGGCAGAGUGAAUUUGAACAUUUUAAGGGAAGCUGCGCGGAAAGAGCUCCGAGAAUUCUUGGAUAAAUGCGCUGGGAGCAAGGCCAUCGUCUGGGAUGAAUAUCUAACAGGACCCUUCGGGUUAAUUGCUCAGUAUUCCUUACUGAAGGAACAUGAAGUGGAGAAGAUGUUUACGCUCAAGGGAGGCCGCCUUCCUGCAGCCGACGUUAAAAACAUCAUCUUCUUCGUUAGGCCCAGAUUGGAGUUGAUGGACAUAAUUGCGGAGAAUGUCAUUAGCGAGGACAAGCUGCGAUCGCCGCGCGAUUUCCACAUCCUGUUCGUGCCGCGUCACAGCCUGCUGUGCAAGCAGCGGCUAGAGGAACAGGGUGUGCUGGGAUCGUUCAUCAACAUCGACGAGUACAUCCUGGACCUGAUUCCCUACGACGGCGACCUGCUGUCUAUGGAGUCAGAGAGCGCGUUCAGGGAGUGCUACCUGGAGAACGACCAGACCAGCCUGUACCACACUGCCAAGGGCCUGAUGACCCUGCAGGCCCUGUAUGGGACCAUCCCGCAGAUCUUCGGGAAGGGCGAGUGCGCUCGGCACGUGGCGAACAUGAUGCUGAGGAUGAAGAGGGAGUUUGCGGGCAGCCAGACGCAGAUCCUGCCGGUGUUCGACACGCUGCUGCUCCUGGACCGCAACGUGGACCUGCUGACCCCGCUGGCCACACAGCUCACCUACGAGGGCCUGAUCGACGAGGUCUACGGCAUCACCAACGGCUAUGUGAAGCUGCCUCCAGAGAAGUUUGCGCAGAAGAAGCAGGGCGAGGGGGGGAAGGACCUCCCCACCGAGGCCAAGAAGCUGCCGCUCAACUCUGCCGAGGAGCUCUACGCCGAGAUCCGCGACAAGAACUUCAACGCCGUGGGCGCCGCCCUCAGCAAGAAGGCCAAGAUCAUCUCCGCCGCGUUCGAGGAGCGCCACAACGCCAAGACGGUGGGAGAGAUCAAGCAGUUUGUGUCCCAGCUGCCUCACAUGCAGGCAGCGCGGAGCUCCCUGGCCAAUCACACCUCCAUCGCUGAGCUCAUCAAGGACAUCACCACCUCUGAGGCGUUUUUUGACAACCUGACGGUGGAGCAGGAGUUCAUGACGGGAGUGGACACUGACAAGGUGAACACCUACAUUGAGGACUGCAUGGCCCAGAAGGACCCGCUGAUCAAGAUCCUGCGCCUGGUCUGCAUGCAGUCCGUGUGCAACAACGGGCUCAAGCAGAAGGUGCUGGACUACUACAAGAGGGAGAUCCUGCAGACGUACGGCUACGAGCACAUCCUGACGCUCGGCAACCUGGAGAAGACCGGCCUUCUGAAGCUGCAGACCAGCGCGCGGAACAGCUACCCCACCAUCCGCAAAACCCUCAAACUGUGGAUGGAAGACGCCAACGAGCAAAACCCCAACGACAUCUCCUACGUGUACAGCGGGUACGCGCCCCUGAGCGUGCGGCUGACGCAGCUCCUGACGCGGCCGGGGUGGCGCAGCAUCGAGGAGGUGCUGAAGAUGCUCCCCGGGCCGCACUUUGAGGAGCGCCAGCAGCUUCCCGCUGGACUCCACAAGAAGCGCCAGCAGGGGGAGAACAACACCACGCUGGUGUUCUUCCUCGGGGGCGUGACCUACGCCGAGAUCGCGGCUCUCCGCUUCCUGUCCCAGAUGGAGGACGGCGGAACCGAGUACAUCAUCGCCACCACCAAGCUGAUCAACGGCACCAGCUGGGUCCGCUCCCUGAUGGACCGGCUGGAGACCCUGCCCUUCUGAGCCCGGGGUCGUGUGUUAGCGCCUUCAGGAGUUAGCGGGACGGGGGAGGGGGGGGGGGGGCUAGUCUCCAGGGUGACCAGCUGGAUGUUCACUGAAGCAAUUUAGGUGGAGUACCUUUGCUGAAGGGUACAAUGGCAGCACUCCACCUGGGUUUAAUGGGGCAUUGUGGGAAGGAACAGGAAGAGACAGAGCAACCGGAGAAACGGCUGAAGUGGCGUUCAUUAAGCGGGGGCGGGGGGGAAGGGGGGGGGGGUUCUGAUGGUGGGUGCAAUGUCCGGCCUUAUGGGACAAAAGGACUGAAUUGUGUCCUGGUGUGGUCCAGAGUCAGUUGGCCCAAACCCAGCUCUACUCGCCAACCAUCGCGUAAAAUAAAACACAAACUGAUCCAGGGUCAGCAGUUGUGAUGGGAGAGGCUAGACCUUGCCCAAUGCCCUGUUUGAUUCCGCAGCUUCAACGUAACUCCCUGUCACCAUGGUUACCGGUCCUGUUUGAGUAAGGACCUUACUGUGCGCCUAACUACAGCAUACAGUGCUCAUACUCGUUCAGCUGCUCCUGUUCUCUGUCUUCGCUGGAGAAACACAGCAGAAGUGUCUACAAACAGGCACUUUCGCAUGGAAGGUUUGAGCCAGAACAAUCUGAGCAUAGAAAUCUGGCACUUUAUGGCUGAUGUGUUGUAAUGCUCAAGUGCUACAAGCCGAUAUACUGCUAACCUGUUGUCUCUGUUCACCGUCAAACUCGGAUGCUCCCUCUUUUCCCCCAGUGCUUGUGUAAGUUUUGAACAAGGUCUUGUAAAUAAAGUGCAUUACUGAACAUAAA